AUGCCAAAUUUGAUAUCAUUUCAUGUUUUUAUUUGUGAAUCACUUCAACCUGGCGUUAAUAUAAAUAAAUAUGCGAAAAGAAAUGAUAGAAUUCAUUGUCUCACCAAUUUAACUCUUCGAGUACUUGAUCUUAAAUCAAAAGACGAACUUACAUUAUUAUUUACUCGGUAUUGUUCAAAUGUAAAAAAACUUAUCAUUUAUUUAGAACCUAUGCAUAUAUAUGGAUUAUCUUUUCUGGAUGAAAAGCCUGGUGACCCUGUUAAGCAUUUACAACAAUGGGUAAGAACAACGAUUAGUCCAUUAUUACCUCAACUUACAAACUUUCACUUACGUCAAACUAUCCUUCCACAACAUGAUAAGCCUUUUGAACGACGACGUUCACCUUAUAUAAAGGAAAUUCCAUGUUCGUUCCAGAAUCGAUCUUAUCGAGUGUCGAUUGAUUCACACUUAAAAUAUUUAUGAUGAAAGUGAACAUGAACUAUGUUGACUUUACUAUUCGAAAUGAGAGGAUAUUUUGAAUUUGUUAUAUUAUUGUGUACUGUACAAUAAAUAAUAUCGAAGGUAGAAGAUACGUUAUAUAUCAAUCUAACAUAAUCAGCAUACACAGAUAAAAAUCAAAGCUUUUCUAAUACAACGAAAACAUGAUGAUCCUUUAAACAUAGCAAAUGGUUUAUAAACCCAAAUUGGCUGUUUCAAGUAAGGACAUUGGUACAUGAGAAUUGCCACAAACGACGUUAGAAAAUGACCACUACUCUAGAUAAUACGUUAAAAAAGUAGUUGAACUAUCAUCUCGUCAAUUACUGAUUUAUAGUUAUCUUAAUUGCUCUUAGAUGUAUUUGAAUACUUCAAAGAUAUGAGUUUCUCUAUUUUCAAGAUGACGAAUGUUUUCCUAGAUCUCGAUACGCUAUAUGUACGUGUUCAUUGUCGUUUUCUCGAUAAAAAAGAUUUCCGAUAGACAUAUAUAUAUAUAUACCAUUUUGAAUCGUUAAAACAAUCCUAAUGAAAAGGUUCUGCACAGUUGUUAUAUCGGUUCUGUCAUUCUUUUUCUUUUUUUUUCUUCCAACAAGUAAUUGCAACAUCAUAUGAAAUCUACGACACAAAACAAAUAUACACUAACCUGAUGAUACGAUAGAGGGCAAUAUAUAAGGCUAUAUAGCACACAUUUCAUCAACAAUCUAUAAUGGCAAAUCAAACUGUCCUCACGUUCCUUACAUUACCAGUAGAACUUGUGUAUCGAAUUCUUGAUCAUCAAUCGGAUAUGACAAUUAUAUGCUCAAUGAGAAAUGUAUGUCAACGAUUCAACACCAUCUUAGACAGUUAUUAUCGAUAUCAGGUAAAAUUUUUUUGUAUCAUGACAAUCUCUAUGCAACUAGACUAGCUUCAAUAGAAUAUAAAUGAGUCACCUAUGUGUCACUUGAGCAAAGUUAUCAGUUACCAAUCUCUCCCUAAAAAUUCAUUUUUUUUAUUAUAAUAAUAUGAAAAUAAUUUCCGUUUUUUUAUUUUUAUUCAAUUUCAUCUACAUGUUCCACGUUUCAAACUAGGUAUGACGUUAUAAACAUACAAUAUUCGAAUAAGAACGCAAAGAAAAGAAACAAAAUAUUGUUAUUUGCUUUUUAUUCGCAUGCAAAUACUUUUUUUAAAAUAUCAAUUCGAUAAUAAAAAUCAAGUUUCGAAAGGAAUUAGCAGUUUUUAAACUACAGUUUAUUUUGUUGUACAUAACGUGGUAGAUAUUUCCUUGAAAGAUGUCUCUAACAAUCGCUAUACGGUGUAUGUAGAUGAAGCGAAGAUUAAUCCACAUUCUUAUACCAUUAAAGUAGAACAUAUUUCUCCAAGGAGUACUACUUUUAAAGCAAUUUUUUCUCCCAAAUAAUUGCUUCGAAACCGAUUUCAUCUAAAGAAAUAUUUCUCGAAGAAUUUCAAAUUUUCAUCUAGACACUCACCACACUAUAUAUCGGAGGUAAACAAAUCGGAAGUGUUGAAGCACAACAUUUGGCUGAUGCCUUACAAUACAAUACAGUACUUAUCUUUCUCUGUUUAACUAUGCCAUGUUUUAACAGUCGCAUUUUCCUUUAGAUACUCACUACACUACAUCUCCUUAAUAAUGAAAUCGGAGAUGUUGAAGUACAACAUUUGACUCAUGCAUUACAACACAAUACAGUACAUGUCUUUCUCUGUUUGCGUAUACCAUAUUCUUACCUGCUCUUUUUCAUCUAGACACUCACCACACUAAUUCUCGGAGUUAAUGAAGUCGGCACCCUUGGAGCACAGCAUUUAGCUCAUGGAUUACAAUAUAACACGGUACUUCUCAUUCUCGUCUCAUCUAUACUAUGUCUUUACCUCAACUUCCUCAUGUAGACACUCAC